AUGGAGGAUCCCUGUACCACUGUCAAUAACUGUUAUGAUACAGUGGAGGAUCCCUGUACCACUGCCAAUAACUGUUAUGAUACAGUGGAGGAUCCCUGUACCACUGCCAAUAACUGUUAUGAUACAGUGGAGGAUCCCUGUACCACUGCCAAUAACUGUUAUGAUACAGUGGAGGAUCCCUGUACCACUGCCAAUAACUGUUACGAUGCAAUGGAGGAUCCCUUGGAGGAUCCCUGUACCACUGCCAAUAACUGUUACGAUGCAAUGGAGGAUCCCUGUACCACUGUCAAUAACUGUUAUGAUACAGUGGAGGAUCCCUGUACCACUGUCAAUAGCUGUUACAAUACAGUGGAGGAUCCCUGUACCACUGCCAAUAACUGUUACGAUACAGAAGAGGAUCCCUGUACCACUGCCAAUAACUGUUACGAUGCAAUGGAGGAUCCCUGUACCACUGUCAAUAACUGUUACGAUUCAGUGGAGGAUCCCUUGGAGGAUCCCUGUACCGCUGCCAAUAACUGUUACGAUACAAUGGAGGAUCCCUGUACCACAGUCAAUAACUGUUACGAUACUGUGGAGGAUCCCUGUACCACUGCCAAUAACUGUUAUGAUACAGUGGAGGAUCCCUGUACCACUGUCAAUAGCUGUUACGAUACAGUGGAGGAUCCCUGUACCACAGUCAAUAACUGUUACGAUACAGUGGAGGAUCCCUGUACCGCUGACAAUAACUGUUACGAUACAGUGGAGGAUCCCUGUACCCCUGUCAAUAACUGUUACGAUACAGUGGAGGAUCCCUGUACCACUGCCAAUAACUGUUACGAUACAGUAGAGGAUCCCUGUACCACUGCCAAUAACUGUUACGAUACAAUGGAGGAUCCCUGUACCACUGUCAAUAACUGUUACGAUACAGUGGAGGAGCCCUGUACCACUGUCAAUAACUGUUACAAACAGAGGAGGAUCCCUGUACCACUGUCAAUAACUGUUAUGAUACAGUGGAGGAUCCCUGUACCACUGUCAAUAACUGUUACAAACAGUGGAGGAUCCCUGUACCACUGUCAAUAA